AUGGAUUCUUCAAAGUCAAUUGAUACUUCUAUUUCCAUUGUAACAAAGCUUGAUCUAGAUGAAGAAGGGAAAAAUGUGGAACAAAAACUAUGCAGAGGAAUGAUUGGGUCACUAUUGUAUCUCACCUCAAGUAGGCCUGAUAUAGUGUUCAGUGUGAGUCUAUGUGCAAGAUUUCAGGCAAAUCCCAAAGGGUCUCACUUAAAGGCAGUCAAAAGAAUACUCAUAUAUCUUAAAGGAACUCAAAAUUUGCGUUUGUGGUAUCCAAGAGGAUAUAACUUUGACUUAGUUGGUUAUGAUGGUGCUGACUAUGCAGGUUUUCAUGCUGACAGGAAAAGCACUCCAGGAACAACUCAUUUCCUUGGUUAUUGCCUUGUGUCUUGGGAAAUAAAGAAGCAAAACUCAGUGGCCCUAUCUACAGUUCAAGCAGAAUAUGUAGUUGCAACAUCUUGUUGUGCUCAAUUGCUAUGGAUAAUAUAG